AUGCACUAUUCCAUUGCUUUACUACCGUCUUCCAUGGUGGCACUUUUGUGCGGCACGACUUUCGCUGCUGGCCCAGCCCCUUCCGAGCUGCAGAGUAUAUUGAAGAAUACCCAUAACAGCAAGGAUUAUGGGUAUCCCACUGAUAUCACCAGAGAUCUACAUCCGCUUUGGCCAGGCCUCUCGAAAGGUUGCACAUCGACGGAAGCUGAUGUCUGGCUGUACAAUGACACUCUUUAUGUUGGACACGAUCAAUCCUCAUUGACAAAAGAGCGAACGCUCCAGUCGCUCUACAUUAACCCGAUUCUGGACAUUUUGGAAAGACAGAAUCCGACGAGCCCAUUUGUCACCGAGCCAACGCGAAAUGGUGUGUGGGAUACCACGCCAGAUCAAACGCUAUACUUUUUCAUAGACCUCAAAACCUCCGGUCCUGAGACGUUCAAGGCCGUUGUCAAAGCUUUGGAGCCUUUGCGUCAAAAGGGCUACCUCACUACGCUACACGGAGGUCGGAAUUUGACCAAUGGGCCAGUGACUGUGAUUGGAACUGGAAACACACCUUUGAAUAUGGUUGCACAUGUCUCUGAUCGUGACUAUUUUUUUGAUGCUCCUUUGCCAGCUCUGAAUGAUGCGGAAUAUUCCAACAUCACCAAGUUCGUUUCUCCAAUCGCGUCGACCGACUUUGCAGCAGCUGUUGGGCGAAUUACAUCAGAUACGGAUCCUGUUCUCAACAACAGCCAGGUUAUGGUGCUUAGAGAUCAGAUUGCGCUCGCCCGGAGCCGUGGAAUCGGUGCACGUUACUGGAAUACACCCUCCUGGCCAGUGCGCACCCGGAAUCUUGUCUGGAGAACCCUCUUGCGCGAGGGAGUCGCAUUACUCAACGUCGAUGAUUUAGACGCUGUUCUUACGGAGUUCUAG